AUGCCCACCGAAUUCAUCAGUCUCACCUUCCCCAACGCCUCCACGGAGGUCGCCCCCAUCCCCAACGCGGGCAUCGACCCCGACUACCUGGUUCGCUACGCCCGAUCCCUCGACGACUACGGCUACAACUACACCCUCGUGCCCUAUGACUCGUCCUCCUUCGACCCCUUCACGAUCGGCGCCACCAUCGCCUCCUUGACCAAGAACCUCAAGGUCAUCAUCGCCCUCCGCCCCAACACCCUCUACCCCACCGUCGCCGCCAAAGCCCUCGCCACCCUCGACCAACUCAGUCGAGGCCGCGUCGUCGUCCACUUCAUCGCCGGUGGCAGCGAUGCCGAACAAGCCAAGGAAGGCGACUUCCUGAACAAACAACAACGCUACGGCCGUUUGGAGGACUACAUCCGGAUUUUGCGUCGUGCAUGGGAAUCCGACCAGCCCUUUGACUGGGAAAGCGAAUACUACACCUUCAAGCAGUUCAGUAACCGUGUUCGUCCUACGAACGGAACCAUCCCCGUCUCUGUCGGUGGGUCAUCCGAUGAAGCGUAUCGCGUGGGUGGCUCACUGGCCGACAUCUUCGGUCUCUGGGGAGAGCCCCUUAAGGAGACUAAGGAGCAGAUCGAUCGGAUCUAUGCUGAGGCAGAGCGCGCGGGUCGCGCACCUAACGACCGCCCGCGUAUCUGGGUCACCUUCCGGCCGAUUAUUGCUGAGACCGAUGAGCUUGCUUGGGCGAAGGCGCAUGAGACACUGGAUAAGUUGAAGCAGUUCCGGGCUAAUGGGCAGGGUAAGGCGCCGCCGAAUGCUCCCCCGCCGCAGAAUGUUGGGUCUCAGCGAUUGUUGGAUAUUGCGGCCAGGGGAGAGGUUCAGGACCGCGCGCUGUGGUAUCCUACUGUGACGGCUACGAAUGCCAGGGGUGCGUCGACGGCCUUGGUGGGGUCGCCGAAGACGAUCAGUGACUCGAUCCUUGAUUAUGUGGAUCUUGGGGCCGAGUUGAUCUCCAUCCGUGGGUAUGAUAAUCUUAAUGAUGCGAUUGAUUAUGGGCGGUAUAUUCUGCCUAGAGUGCGUGAGGAGUUGAAGGUGCGGGAGAAUGGGAAUUGA